GCCUCGAUCAGGGCAGAUGCGGCUCGUUGCGAUCGAAGGAAGCGUCAGCCGGCGACACGACAGCGAUGGGCAGAUCUGACAAGCGGGGCAAGGCCCGGGGAGGCGACGGCGGCAGACAGAUCCAUGUCGAGAACAGAGAUGCCUUCCAGCGGAUGAACUUUCUGCACCAGGCGGCAUGCUAUCUGGGAUCUCGCAGACACCAAGCGGACCAGAAGGACGGCGCGAUAGCGGCCGGGGUGCCGCUGGCAUCAUACUACAACCACGCAAUGAAGCGCAUCUGUCGUAAACUCGUUGUCCGUCUCGAUCCGAGCGUGAAGCGACAGAUCUGCAAGCAGUGCCAUGCGCCAUUGAUUCCGACUUUGACAUCCGAUAUCGAGUUGAAGAAGGAGCCACUUCGAAUCGUUACGACAUGCGGCAGAUGCAAAACAACAAAGUCGCUGCCAGCGAAGGGUCGAAAUCCAGUCCUUUUUUACGACAAGAGCACGAUCGGGCUGGACGAUACCGAUUGGCCGUCAGCAAAGGAUCCGCGUGAGGAAGACAGCCUUGACCCGAACAAUACGAGCGCGACUGAAAGAAUUGAGGGGCAACAGAAGCCAGAUUCCACCCCGAGAGAUGUAAUUCAGGCAAGAGAUGUGGAAGGCGAACCACCCGUUGAUCCAACAGACGAAGCGACAGACGAAGCGACAGAGAAAUCGACAGACGAAAUAAACUCGCAAUGAUCAGAUCGAUCAGAUCGAUC